AUGCCCGUCAGAAGCCUCCCGAACGUGCACGACCUCGUGGCAUCCUACUUCCUCGGGGACCGGAGUCCUGAGGCCGAGGCUUGCCGGUGGGUCUUCGAAGGUGCGCUGAAGCUCGCGCUGCUCGUCGAGGCGGAAGGCGUGGAGGAGCUCUCGCCGGAGCACUACCGUCUUGUUCUCCGGAGGUUGGACAUCCUGCUGAGGAUCGUGAGCCGACCGUACACCUUGCUUUAUCUGCAAGUUGUCAUCGGUCUGGGCUCCUUUUUCUACGCGCUCUGGGGCUACGUCAUCCUGUGCGCAUUCGACACACUCCUGUGGAACGCCCUCUUCGCGCUCAUCAACCUCGUCCACAUCAUCGUGCUCGUCCGCGGCUUACAGCUCGUCUCGUUCUCCACCGAGCUGGAGACGGUCUUCGAAGACCUCUUCCGACCCCUGGGGGUGACGCGUCAUCAGUUCCGGGGCAUCGCCGACAGCGUCAGGGGAACUCGAGAUCUCAGCAAACGGGAUCAGUUAAUCGUCGAAAAGGUCUCCCGCAACGAUAACCUUUCCCUCGUGGUCAGCGGCGACCUUCUGGUGUCUAGGAAGCGGCGUCCCGUCGAGAUGGUCGGUAAGUACGAGUUCCUCGAGUCUCCUGACUGGUUCGACGUCCCCGAGAGCGACCUGUACCAGGUGACCGCAACGGCUCUGAGAGCCUGCAGAGUCGUGGUGUGGAAAAGGGAGACGUUGAAGGUGGCCGUCGGCGAUGACCCUUUUCUGAAGUCAGUCUUCAAUAACCUUGUAGGCAAGGACCUGGCGCGCAAGUUCUACACGGCGAAGAAGUCAAAACAAUUCGGCGUCGUUUUGGACGAACCGCUUUCACCCGUGUCGGUUAACACCUCAGCCUAA